GCUCCAGAAACCUCUUUCCUCCCUGAACUACAUCGCGGCCGCAGUUCUUGCCUACAACCUCUUCCUGGCACCUUCAGGCGCCCCGGCCCGGCUUCCCGAGCCCCUCUUCGGCCUCUGCUCGCUUGGGCUGGGUCUUCUGAUUCUGUCCCGUGUGAGCUCGGCGACUGAGCGCUUUAGCACUGCCCGGAGCUUGUGGGCGGAUGUAGUGAGCACGAUCAG